AUGCUCGGCGCGUCGGCGCGACGGGCGGCGCGGGCGCGGGCGACGGCGUCGGUGGUCCGGGAAGCGCUCUGGCGCACCGCGCGCGCGUGGUCGACGGCGACGACGACGGGGGCGAGCGGGAGCGCGACGGAUGAAAAGUCGAGAGGCGUGAACGAACGAGAGACGUCAUCGUCAUCGUCGUCGUCGUCGUCGUCGUCGUCUUCCGCGCGCACGGCGUCGUUCGGGUACGAAGACGUGGCGUACGAUGAUAAGGAAGAUCUCGUCCGCGGCGUGUUCGAACGCGUGGCGCCGUCGUACGACGUGAUGAACGAUCUCAUGUCGGCGGGCGUGCACAGGCUGUGGAAGGAUUAUUUCGUCUCUCGCGUCGGCGCGUUCGCGGGGAUGACGCACUUGGACGUCGCGGGAGGGACGGGAGACGUGGCUUUUAGGGUUCUGCGGGCGCUGCAGCGCGCGGAGCGCGAUGCGGAGUUAGAUGGGCAGGUUUUAGACGCGAAGACGCGAGGGAAGGUCAUCGUGAGCGACAUUAAUCCAGCCAUGCUUCGGGAGGGGAUGAAGCGAGCGACGACUCGAGGGAUCGCGCAGAAUCAACUCGAGUGGCUCGAGGGGAACGCGGAGAAGCUUCCAGUGGAGGACGGAUCCGUGGACGUGUACACGAUCGCGUUUGGGUUGAGAAACGUGACAGACACGCGCGCGGCCAUCGCGGACGCGUAUCGCUGCCUCAAGCCGGGCGGAAAGUAUAUGAUUCUGGAGUUCAGUCGCGUCGAGAACGACGUGCUGCGAUCGGUGUACGACUUUUAUAGCUUUAACAUCAUCCCAAAGCUCGGAGAGAUCGUCGCUCGCGAUCGAGGAUCGUAUCAGUACUUGGUUGAGAGCAUUAGGAAAUUUCCGCCGCAGGAAGAGUUGAAGUCGAUGAUGCAAGGCGUCGGAUUCCGCCACGUGAGUUACGAAAACCUCACGGGUGGGAUGGUUGCCAUGCACGUCGGAUAUAAAGAUCAAGCAUAG